AUGGGCAAACUUGACACAGUUUCAUCAAAGUCCCACUCGGACUUCCCUCAGCCCAGAGAGGAUGAGGAAUCUCUAACUCUUCGAACGGACUGGUCCGUGGAGGAAGAAAGAAGAGCUAAGCGCAAGCUGGACCUUGUUAUCAUGCCGCUCUUGACCCUCGGGUUCUUCUGCCUUCAGCUCGAUCGAGGUAACAUCGCCAACGCCCUGACUGAUAACUUCAUGGAAGAUGUCGGCGUCACCCAAAACCAAUUCAAUGUCGGCCAGCAGAUGCUCUCCCUUGGCAUCGUCCUCUUCGAAAUCCCCUCCAACAUGGUCCUCUACCGAGUCGGCCCCGGCAAGUGGCUCACCCUCCAACUAUUCCUCUUUGGUACAGUCAGCACCUUCCAAGCCUUCCAAAACAACUACGGAUCCUUCGUCGCGACGCGAUUCCUUCUCGGUAUCACCGAAUCUGGAUUCAUCCCUGGCGGACUUUGGACCUUGUCAACGUGGUACACACGUAAGGAAACAGCUAAGCGUGUCAUGUUCUUUUACUUUGGAAACCAGUUCGGUCAAGCUUCUAGUAAACUCUUGGCGUAUGGUAUUCUUCACAUGCGUGGCGUUGGAGACAAGGCUGGCUGGUUCUGGCUUUUUGUCCUUAUGGGUGCCUUCACUGUUCUGAGUGGUGUUGUUUUGGGCUGCUGCUUGCCUGACUCUUUCAAGAAUCCUCGAAGCACGUUCCUGCCCAACGUUAAGAUCUUCAAUGAGAGAGAAUUGCACAUUCUCCAGACUCGCAUUCUUCUUGAUGACCCUAUGAAGGGAAAGAAGAAGAAGAAGAUCGGUCUCGGUGCCUUCAAGAAGGCUUUCUCCAACUGGCGUCUCUGGGUCCAUGUCAUCAUCACACUCUCGAACAACGGCCCUCAGCGCGCCUUCGAUACAUACUCACCUUCCAUCGUCAAGAGCUUCGGCUUCGAAGGUCUCACUAGUAAUGCCCUCGCCUCUGUUGGUCUCUUCCUCCAGAUCCCUGUUUCAUGGUCCUUCAGCUACGUUUCCGAUCGAUUUAAUAAGAGACCAGAGACUGUCAUCGCGGGUUUGAGUAUGCACUUGUUGGGUUACGUGUUCAACCGUAUCUUCACGGAGCUGGGACGUAGAGGAGUCAGCUAUUUUGGUGUUGUGUGGACUCAGACCUUUGGCACCUUUUCUCACCCUCUUAACAUCGCUUGGAUGUCUCUGGCCUGUGACGAUUCAGAGGAACGAGCUCUUGCCAUGGCCAUGGUCAUCAUGGGAGCCAAUAUUGCAGGUAUUUAUGGUGCCCAGAUCUUCCGAUCCGACGACAAGCCCAAAUACCGCCGUGGCUUUACCAUCAACAUCGUUGUCCUCGCAAUUGGUCUCGCGCUUGCGGUCCUUCGUUUCUUCGACGAUAAGAUCUGGCGCCGCUCCAAGGUUGCUGAGAUCCAGCAACAGCUUGCGCGUGAAAACGGGGAUGUGAGUGACGAUAAGAGUGACGGUCAGGGAGACAACCACACGCCGACGCUGGGGCUCGAGAAGACAUCCCCUGCGGAAUUGAACCCUAUCGCAAAGCCAACCCAGUGA